UUUCCCACCCAGCCAAGCAAUCAGGGGAAACACUGUAGUCAGAGAAAUCAGAUGGGUGCUACACAUUGGUAAUGGAUGAGGAGAGUUUCUGUUUCCACCCAUGUACACGUGACAAUCCCGGAUGUCAACAACAGGGAAGUGUCAACGCUUCGUUGUUACAGAUUUUCCAAUGGAUUAACCGACAUUUGAUAAUUAAUUAAUGUUAGUCACUCGUGUACAUUCUGAAAGGAACUAUGAGUGAGUUCUGUUGAUUCUACGCUAGUUUAGCAUUUGACGAAGACUUUCAACAUGAGGUCCGAUUCUCCUCUCUCCAGCGUCAACGUAGUGCUUGUUAUGGCCUACGGAAGUCUGAGCGACACUGUUGAUUGUGGCCUUUGGAAUGUUAUCCCACUUCACUUCAAUGGCUGAACGAAGUUGCAGGAUAUUGACGGGAACUGGAACACGUUAUCGUACACAUCGAUGCAGAGCAUCCAAACAUGGUGACAUGUCUGGUGAGUAUGCAGGCCAUGGAAGAACUGGGACACGUUAUCGUACACAUCGAUCCAGAACAUCCAAACAUGGUGACAUGUCUGGUGUUUGUGCUGCUGUUCAUCUUUGUGAAGAGGCAGAUAAUGCGCUUCGCCAUGAAGUCUCGUAGAGGACCACAUGUACCCCUGGGCCACAACGCUCCAAAGGAGCUGAGACAGGAGAUAGACUCUGGUCUGUCCAAGGUUCAGGAGAUCCGCUUUGAGCCACGCCUGCUGUCUGAACAGGACGACAGACUACAGAGUGGCGGUUGCUAUGACUACCUGUACAGAAUGAGGGCACUAGAUGCCAUACGAGACUCUGAUAUUCCGUUCAGUGAGUUGGGAGGGACUCCCACAGCUGUGACAGGGAGGAGAUUCCGCGCCUGGCUUCUAGAUCUGAGGAGUUCCCAUUCCCUGUUCUGCAGCAGCCGUAGUUCCCUCAUAGACACACUGCUGGAGGGCUACCACAACGCUCGCCACGGCACCGGGGUGUUUGGAGAAGCAGAGUUUGUCAAAUACAAGGAAGCCCUGAACGAACUGGCCUCUGUUUAUUCUUCUCUCCCCAGUGUGAAGAGCCACUCCAGUUCCACCAGUCUGGACCAGCAUCACCAGUUAGCAGCUAAAGACUUGACCAGUACCCCAGAGCCCACCCCCCCCUCUCCCCCCUCCCAGGUCACAUACCUGCCGUCAGCUGGGCAACGCACCAAACGACCAAAACACUUCCUGGAACUCAAGAACUUUAAAGAUAAGUACAACACCUUGGAAAGCACAUUCUGAGAACUACAAUCUCCUAUGCCAUAACACGAGAAACUACAAUUCCCUACAGCAUACCUUGAGAAACGACAACUUGCUGCCUCUGACAACUGCAACUCCCUAGAAAACAACCUGAAAACUACAACAACUCCUCUGCUACCACUUUAAAUCUGUUUUGUUGCGACUACUGGACUCACUUUCCUUCUCUAUUUCCAAAGUAGAUGGCCUAGUGAGGAAAAAAAAAUCUGUUGUUCUGCCCCUGAACAAGGCAGUUAACCCACUGUUCCUAGGCCGUCAUUGUAAAUAAGAAUUAGUUCUUAACUGAAUUGCCCAGUUAAAUAAAGGUUAAAUAAAACGGAAAUGAAGGUAGUGGUAAGUAGAGCUCCUGGAGGUGACAGAUACUGGGGUUUGUGGUAAAAGAAGAGGUUGGUGAGUUAGUUUAGUGAGAGACUUGUUAGUGCCAGCAGAGAGAGAAGAGACUUGUUAGGGUUGGUACUUGGUACAGUUGGGAAGACUGGAGCACAGCAGGAUUAACAGUAGCAGAGCACAGCAGUAUAGGAAUGACAGUAACAUUACACUGCCUUACUAGUCCUGAGGAAAAACACUGCCUACUAUCUAUCAUGCAUCUCACAUAAUAAAUAGUGCACUAGAUUUAAGCUUAAACAUCGUUGUGAACGUUUGCACAGACUUUGCAGGUAGAUCAUCAUGUAGGGCUAUGCAAAAGAGAUAAGCUACAUGCAGUGUUUCCCAAACUUGGUCCUGGGGACCCGAAGUGGUGCACGUUUUGGGUUUUGCCCUAGCACUACACAACUGACUCAAAUAAUCAACUAAUCAUCAAGCUUUGAUUAUUUGAAUGAGCUGUGUCGUCCUAGAGCAGAACCUGAAAUGUACAUCUCUUGGGGUCCCCAGGACUGAGUUUGGGAAACGCUGCAUUAAUGCACAGUGUUAGAGUAAGACUUGUUUAUAAUGUGUUCAGUGCUAACUAACUAAGCUAUUGAUGGACUAACGUUAUAGCAGACCAGUGUUCCUCACAAUGGCCCUGGAGAGCUACAGUACAGGCUGUGCAGGCUUUUGUUCCCGCCUAGCACUAACACACCUCCAAUCAAGCUGAUUAGUAGAAUCUGGUUAGUCACGGUUGAGCUGGAACAGUACAGAAGAACUAUGGAUUAUUCCAGUAUUACUGCUAGACAUUUCCAGUAUUAUUGUCCUGUUCCAGCACUUGUUUAGGGCAGAGCCAUGUAUUUACAUAUAUAUUGCUCUGGUUUAGGGCUAGUGUUACAAGGAAAUGAACAUGUUACCACGUCUGAUGGUUGUCUAUUUGCUGCAUAAAAAUCAUUAUACUUUUUAGAUUGUACAAUUUUUUUUGUUGCUGAAAUCUUUUUUUGUAUUCCAUUUUUAAAGAUAAUUAUUUAGAAUAAAGCAUUCAUGUUAAGUGCCCUUUUUCUUGAAUGGAUGAUUUUAAUACAAUUAAAUAAUUAAAUUAGUAUGUAUGCAUGGUUGAAUACUAAAACCGUAAUAUAUUCUUAAUGAGUUGGCUAUAACGCCUGGGUUCCAGUCUGAUAUAUUCUUAAUGAGGUGCGAGUUGGCUAUAAAGCCUGGGGUCCAGUCCGAUAUAUUCAUAAUGAGGGGUAAGUUGGCUAUAAAGCCUGGGUUCCAGUCUGAUAUAUUCAUAAUGAGGUGUGAGUUGGCUAUAUAGCCUGGGUUCCAGUCAGUUUCUGCUUUAACCAAUCCCCUCUCUCUUACAGCAGAAACAGACUGGUAUGGUACCCAGGCCCAUAUGAAUCAUCAGUGGAGUUAUCUAAAGCACCUACAGAUGUGGGACCAGGCUAGAGAUGUAUGGAUGAUUGUAGCAAUGUUCCUCCAAUCAAAUGUGAACAGCUUCAGAAGUGUGUUUGAAUCUAAUGAGUUGUGUGUAUGAUUGGGACCAGAGGAGGCUGGUGAGGAGAGGACGCCUCAAUAAUGGAUAGAACUGAAGGGUAACUAACACGAAAAAUCAGGUGUUUUAUUUGUUUAAUACCAUUCCAUCCCAGCCAUUACUAUGGCCUGAUAAUAGUGCUGAACAGGCUGCUUUAUGUUUUAAUGGACUCCCCUGAUCUAUCCUCUGUGCAUUGUAAUACAUACUGCAGCUGCCAUUCCAUUAAAGUGGUACCACUGGACCAGAGAGAU